AUGGGUACGGACCCCGCUGUCCGAAAGCUGACUCUCUGCCUCCCGCCUGGGGCCUGUGGAGUGCAGCCCCUGGUGCGGGUGCCUGCCCGCUUGGGUGGGGGUAGGGCGACCAGAGACCGAAUAGGCGAGAAGAUGGGCAGCUUCCGGCCCUGGAACUACUCCGAGGAGGGACAGCGGGUGGAAGAGAGACGGGGCAGAUACUCGGCCUGCCAGGGCCUCUCGGGGUCCGGGGCGGCAGGAAGCGUUUGCCAGCAGGAGGAAAAGACCCGAAAGAUGGAGCUCCAGAUUGCUCGUGCCGCCCUCCUGGCUUUCCUCCUGGAUCUCUCAGAGGCUGGACCAAUACAUCUGCCAAUGCCCUGACCGAAUUCCAGACGACUCCGGGUCCUGGAGCCCCAUCACACGGAGCCCAAAGCCCCCCAACCCUGCAGGCCCGAGGACCCAGAAGGCUGGAAGCCCGAAGCUCGGUAGAGGAUUAAAGCCUACGCGGCCAGCGGGGCCCCUGAAGUGGCGAGCCUUUGCCGGAAGGGGGCGCCCUUGUCUUUUUAAUCAUCUUACACGGGUAGCGGAAUAAAUCUCUAA